CGUCAAGGGGCGCGCGGUGGCAGCACCUCCCCGCGCGCUAGUUAAAAAGAAGAAGAAAAGAGGGAGCGAAACAUGAGAGGCUGCGUGAGAAGCUGCAGCCGCCGGCAGAGGAGACCUCAGCAUCCUCGGAGCCCAGCGCCGGCCCUGCCUCCGCCCGGCCCGCCGCCCUGCCGGUCCCCGCUACUGUCCCACUCAAACAACCCCCACUUAGCGGGCGAGCGGAGCUCCACGGCUGUCUUCUGCUCUCCUUCCUCCUCCUCUCCCAACUCCCUCUCCUCCCACCUCCCAGCCUCCGCGGAAAGCCCCUAACCCAACCGGCGCUGGCCGCAGACGGUGCCACCGCGCUCCACCUCGCCGCUCCCGCCGCCCUGAGGCAAAGUUGCAUAGCUCCACAUCCUUCUCCCCGCCACCUCCCGCGGCCUCCGGAGCGCCCCGCCGCCCCGCAGCCCUCUCCUGGAGCUGCGCCCUAGUGCCCCCGCUGGGCAGCGGCCUUCCCGCCCCCCGCCCCCAGCCUCCCGCGCCCUGCCCUGCCGCUCCCGGCAGACGAUGCUGAAGAUGCUCUCCUUUAAGCUGCUACUGUUGGCCGUCGCUCUGGGCUUCUUCGAAGGGGAUGCCAAGUUUGGGGAAAGGAGCGAAGGGAGCGGAGCGAGGAGGAGAAGGUGCCUGAAUGGGAAUCCCCCCAGGCGCCUGAGAAGGCGAGACCGGCGGAUGAUGUCGCAGCUGGAGCUGCUGAGCGGAGAGGUCCUGUGCGGUGGCUUCUACCCAAGGGUAUCCUGCUGCCUGCAGAGUGACAGCCGCGGCUUGGGGCGUCUGGAGAACAAGAUCUCUUCUGCCACCAACAGCACAGAAUGCGGCAAGUUGCUGGAGGAGAUCAAGUGUGCGCCUUGCUCUCCACACUCCCAGAGCCUGCUCUGCUCACCUGAAAGAGACGUCCUGGGCGGCGAGCUCGCACUUCCGCUCCUCUGCAAAGAUUACUGCAAAGAGUUUUUUUAUACUUGUCGGGGCCAUAUUCCAGGUCUUCUUCAAACAACUGCUGAUGAGUUUUGCUUUUACUAUGCGAGCAAAGAUGGGUUGUGCUUUCCAGAUUUCCCAAGAAAGCAAGUCAGAGGACCAACAUCUAACUACUUGGACCAGAUGGAAGAAUAUGAGAAAGUGGAAGAGAUCAGCAGAAAGCACAAACACAACUGCUUCUGUGUCCAGGAGGUUGCGAGCGGGCUGCGGCAGCCUGUGGGUGCUGUGAACAGUGGGGAUGGGUCCCACCGCCUCUUCAUUCUAGAGAAGGAAGGCUAUGUGAAGAUCCUAACCCCAGAAGGAGAAAUUUUCAAGGAGCCUUACUUGGACAUUCACAAACUUGUUCAAAGUGGAAUAAAGGGAGGAGAUGAAAGGGGCCUGCUAAGCCUUGCAUUCCAUCCCAAUUACAAGAAAAAUGGAAAGCUGUAUGUGUCUUAUACCACCAACCAAGAACGGUGGGCUAUGGGGCCUCACGACCACAUUCUCAGGGUUGUGGAAUACACAGUAUCCAGGAAAAAUCCCCAUCAGGUUGACCUAAGGACGGCCCGGGUGUUUCUGGAAGUCGCUGAGCUCCACAGAAAGCAUCUUGGAGGACAACUGUUCUUCGGUCCCGAUGGCUUUUUGUACAUCGUCCUCGGGGACGGCAUGAUCACUCUGGAUGACAUGGAAGAGAUGGAUGGGUUAAGUGAUUUCACAGGCUCCGUGCUGAGGCUGGACACGGACACCGACCUGUGCAGCGUGCCGUACUCCAUUCCACGGAGCAACCCCCACUUCAACAGCACCAACCAGCCCCCGGAGGUGUUUGCCCACGGGCUCCACGACCCAGGCAGAUGCGCCGUGGAUCGACAGCCUACUGAUAUAAACAUCAAUCUAACAAUACUUUGCUCAGAUUCCAAUGGGAAAAACAGAUCAUCAGCCAGAAUUCUACAGAUAAUAAAAGGGAAAGAUUACGAAAGCGAGCCAUCGCUUUUAGAAUUCAAGCCAUUCAGUAGUGGUCCUUUGGUUGGUGGAUUCAUUUACAGAGGUUGCCAGUCUGAAAGAUUGUACGGAAGCUAUGUGUUUGGAGAUCGCAAUGGGAAUUUCUUGACCCUUCAGCAAAGCCCAGUGACCAAGCAAUGGCAAGAAAAGCCACUCUGUCUGGGGACCAGUGGUUCCUGCCGAGGCUACUUCUCAGGUCACAUCUUGGGAUUUGGAGAAGAUGAAUUAGGAGAAGUUUACAUUUUGUCAAGCAGUAAGAGCAUGACUCAGACUCACAAUGGAAAACUCUACAAGAUCAUAGACCCAAAAAGACCUUUGGUGCCUGAGGAAUGCAGAGUCCCCGUCCAGCCCGCACAGACCCUGACCUCGGACUGCUCGCGGCUCUGUCGAAAUGGCUACUGCACCCCCACGGGCAGGUGCUGCUGCAGCCCCGGCUGGGAAGGACCCUUCUGCAGAGUUGCCAAAUGUGAGCCGGCAUGUCGUCACGGAGGUGUCUGUGUCAGACCUAACAAGUGCCUCUGUAAAAAAGGCUACCUCGGUCCUCAGUGUGAACAAGUGGACAGAAACAUGCGCAGAGUGGCCAGGGCAGGUAUUCUUGAUCAGAUCAUUGACAUGACAUCUUAUUUGCUGGAUCUCACAAGUUACAUUGUAUAGUUUCUGGGACCGUUUGAAUAUUUCUUUUUGGUGGGCAUUUAUUUUGAUCUUGUCAUUAAAAAGAGAGACUGUCCUCCUGCUACACACUCCUGUGAUUUCAUUUUCUUUUAGUAAUUUAAAAGGAAUUUACAGAGAUGUGUAGAUCUCAGUGUGUACUUUGGCACGUGUUGUUUUGUUUUGUUUUGUUUUACAUACACAUGUCCACACCCGCACUUACAACCCCUAAACCCAAGGUUGUAUAACAGAUUUUUUAAAAAUCUACUUCCUGGUGUGGAGUACUUUAAACAGAAGUUCCACUGCACAUUGAUCACGGAAUUUUUAUAGCAUCGGAAGAUAUUCUUUUACUUCCCAGGAAAAGUCUAUCUGUAAUUCCUAAAGCUGACCUUUGUAGGGCUUGAAAUGUUAUUGUGCAAUGUGGUGGAAAUAUUUUUAUAUUAAAAGUCUAUAAUAAGAGAGCAUGUUUCCAAACUCCUUGGUGAAUUUCUGAACAAGCAGCUUGAUGUAAGAUUGUAAUCUUCAUUUCUGUUGAUGUAUCUGCUGACAGAAUGUUACACACUUAACCUUUUUAGUUGACAGCGCAAUCUGGUUACUCCAGCUUAAUCUCAAUAUGGUUUUCAAAUGUUUAUGAUUAAAUCGGAAGAACCUAUUUGAAAAAGCAAUCUUUCUGAAUGGACUGCUUCUAUUGUAUAUUUUGUGUAACAGUAGGCACUGGGUUUUGUUACAUGUUUAUAUUCUUUAUUUUAUUUUUAUAAUAUGGACCUCACCUGGAUGAAACACCUUUAUCCUGUCCUGUAAAUUACUAAAGUUACGUUUCCUCCAACUUAAUUGGAAAGAAGGGGAGUACAAACAGCCAACAGCCUCUGAUGUGCUGUGGAUCUGCUCUAGCAGUGUGUAUGUGCCAGCAUCCAAUCACUCCUGCCAGAUGAAAAAGCAAGGAAACAGCCAGUCCUUAUAGCUUGUAAAGUCCUUUCCCCGCAGCAAGCUGUCAGAGUCUGUGGGAUUAGAGGUUGCCGUGUCCGCUCCGAAUGCACCCUCCCUGGAGAAGAGCUUGCCCGUUCAGAGCCAGUUCAGGCUGCAUAUAAGCUGCUCACACACAGAUUCUUAAGAUCGGCCUUCUCGGCAAAUCUGGCUUCUGAUGCAUAUGUUCCGUCAGGUCUCUGUGACCGUGCCCUGUGGUUCUUGCCUCAAUAAAUUUUCUGCAAAUGUUCAGAUUUUCUUAAAGAAAUGAUGCACUCUAAAUUUAAAUGACUGACCGACAUUUUUCUUAAUGGUUUUCCAUUUGCCACCUCUCCAUGUUUAGAUUUUAACAAAGUAUAAAAGUUUUUGUACUACUGAUGUCUAACCGUGAUAAGCACAUACCAUCUGCCGUAACAUCUAUUCCUCUGGAAUCCAAACUGUAGAAUCAGAUAAGCGUGCAGCGUUGGCAUUGCACACACGCUCUUCAUCUUUAGAGUACGAGCCUUAAUUAUGGUGCAGGGACAGUAAUCUUCUAGCUAGUAUUCCUCUGUUGUUUUAAAGUGAGAGAGCUGCAAAUUAAGCACGUCCGAGGACUCCACAAUGUAGAACCAUUUGUUGGGUCCACUGUGCCUGCCUUCCAUAUAUGACCACUUGGAGUCCAGUGACCUCAUACCAAAUGGAAAUGGUUGGGAAAUCUUGGUGCUUAGUGAGCAAUAGCCUGCAUUAAAAAGUGCAUGCAUAAUUUUGCACAAUUUAGAUUCAAUUGACAGUCUAUUCAAAGAAGUCUUGGGAGUAAAUGAGCAUGGAGACCAAAUUGCCCUCUUACCCCAGAGAAAGGGUGGUCCCUUCUAGUCUCACCAGCACUUCAUUGGCCCAGCACUGUGACAAAUCUUGCAAUGAACCGUGCAGUAGCCUGCAUCUGUAGGUUAAUAGCAAUCUUUUGUCUCCGUUGCUUUCUCUUCAUAGUCCUUUUACUGAAUUCCAUCACAGAAAGUUUUACAAUUUUUUUAAAAAAGGAAAACUUCCCCUGAAAACCAUUUUUGUAGGCAGAUCUUACUAUCAAGCCUUCCCUUAUCCAGCGUGGGUGACACCGGCAGACUGUGAAGUGCUUGUGAGGGAGCCGGCUGUCCAAAUCUGUCAGAUUGUACAGUUUCAUUACACACUCUCCCACUCAUAGUUUGAGCAAAAACAAUAAGGAUGCCUCUAGAAAGUCAGCAAAAUCUUAAAACCCAAGUGCCUCUUUUUCUAUCUUUAAAAGAGAAGGUGUUCUAUUGGUGGGAGCUCCCCUUCCUAUAACCCAGGCUAAGCUGGCCAUGCCCAGAGCUGUUUCAAACAGCCCUUUCCCAAGUGAAAAGGUUUCAAGUGGCUUAGAAAAGCACUAUGUACCCAAGAUGUUAUUGCCUUUUCAGUAAUGAGCCAUUAAAAUGAAAGACAAAAUUCUCUUUAAGGAAUUUCAUCCAUAGAUAUUUAACCCAAGCAGAGAAUGUUAGGAGAAUCCUUUCAUUCUGUCCUUAGGAGAAAGAUGAAUAACAAUGACUGAUAAUGACUGUGUUUUAGAUUAUGUGACCAAUUCCAAUUUUUCCUUUGACCUGUUCCUUGAAGUCUGUUUUUAAAUAUGACUGGGGGAUUAUUGUAAAUUAUUUGAGAGAGACAGAUGGGAAUAGGUUAAAAAACAAACAAACAAAAAAAAAAAAAAAAAAAAAAAAAAAAACAUGAGCUGAGACCAAUAAAUCCCUAACCAUUUAAAAGUGAAAAUGUACCAUCUAACAAAGCACACAUCUAAAAUGGAGAAUGAUGUCAUUAUGUGUCCCUUACCCACUCCAGACCUUAAGCUCUGGGUACCAGCUGAAUAUGAAAUAACCUUCCUCCCAGUAUUGCUACCAAACUUCUGCCCUGUUUCAAAGCACAUAAAGUAAUGAUAUGAAAACUAAAUUGGCAUAUCAUUACAGUGAAAAGGAGGAACAUUUAAGAAAGUUCAAGCUCUUCCAUCCAUACCUCUUAGGAUCUUAUUUAAGAUGUUGGAAAAUAUUUUACGAGCUUUACUCAGAAGUUUCUGCCUUUUAACUGGUCAAUUCAUGAAGGAUGGGCAAAGAAGUCAAUACAUGUCUACCAAACUCAGCUAGUAAACUAUCUCCUUAUCAUUUUAUGCUCUGAGUAGUCAUGCCUUCCCUGCUUUUUGUUUGGGGAAAUAUUACAGAAUAAGAUACUAUUUUUUAGCACAUUUGUCUUUGGCUUGUUUUAAUAUCUGAACCACAAAGAAUACAACAAAUCUAAUCAGGGUGAGAAGUGAAUUAGACACCGAACCUGAGCUCUUUCCAAGAACACACUGAUCCAAGAUGGCAUGAGCUUCUCUUCUGUGUCUCGGCACACAAAAGAAUGCCAGUUUCAGUUUGUAAGGAGAGGAAGUAUAUCAGUAAAACUGUAGGUGGUGUAUCAGCUUGCUUUCUGAGCAUCUGUCUAGAACAUUAGGUGGGGUUCUACGCGGCCUCUCCUUUCUCUGCCCUUCCACUCAUGUCUCUCUACCUGCCUCUCUUUAAAUCUCUCCCUCCUCCACUGCCAUUUUGUGUUGUUUUUUUACUAAGCAGACAUAUCGUGUGUGCUCACUAUGAAGCUGUCCUGGAGCAGAUACCGCACAUUUGGGGGGGGGGGAGUCCCUUUUGUUUUCUUUUCUAGAGUCACAUUGACUCAAAUUCAGUAUCAUUAAGAAGAGUAGAGAAAUAGCUUACCAGGCCGGCUUACUAGAGUCACUGAAAGAAAUGACGAAAAGCACACACAUCCUCCAGUGCAGACACUUCAUGACAGUCUUCUAGCAAAGUCACAGGAAGUUAAGGGCAGCCACCCUCACGGAGAGCUUGACUGACAGGAGAGACCCCUAUUUAGUCCCCACCAAAGCGAUGUACAUCUCUACAAAGUCUAAUUUAAGGAAAGCUAUUCCAGAUCAGUGUGGGAAAAAAUAAACACUAGUAUCUUGGUGAUGACGACCUCAGACGCAUCCCAUGUAUAGUAAAUUAUCUCAGCUGCUGUCUUUUAAGUAAAAAGAAUAACAUUCUGUUAUCUAAUAGAUAUUAUAGAGAAAAAGUGAAACAGGCAGUGAUGGGAAAUUCAUAGUGGUCAACUCUAUAAGCCUUUUCUUCUCAGUUAGAAAUUCAGUCUGGAACAUUUCUUUCCAUGCUGAAAAAUAACUAGUCAAUAGUUUCCAUUCACAUGAAUAAGGUAUGAUUAGGCUUGGCAUGGUCUGUGCCAGAAUAAACAUCGGAUGUUUCUUUACUCCAUAAUCUUAAAAUCUGAGGCAUGACUUUCCUGGAGUAAACUAAGAAUCCGUGUUCAGAAGGUUCAUUUCAUAAUAUUGUUUUUGAGAAGCUAAACUGACAGCCUUCUGAGAUAUCAGAUAUCCCCCAAACCUUAUUCUAGUGAGAGUGUGUACGGGUGUGAGUGUCUCUAAGAGCCGUGAAGUGCCACGAUGGACAACACUGAAGUAGUGUGAAGUGGAAACUGGGUUCCCUAGGACAUGGCACAACACACUACUAUCGGAAAAAAGUCUGUCUAGUUGCAAGGGAAGUUAUUGAAUCAUGGCCGUAAGCCUGAAGCGAUUCUAAUAGGAAGAUCUGAAUCUUCCUUGCAACUAUCUGUGAGUGAUUUGUUCAUUGUUGGGGGCGGUUUUGUGCUCCGUUCUUCUCACACAUUUUGGUGUUCUGAGUUGUCCAUUUCCUUCAGGCUGUUGGAAAUCAAGGCAAUCUGAUCUUACAGGAUCUUACAGGAAAUUUCAGAACCAAUCCAUCCUCGAGUUUCUGUCACUACAUUGAUAAGAGGCAGAAGGCGGUAGGAACAUUUAGUAACCUAGGUGCAAGUUUAAAGAAGCAGAAUUAGUGCAAGAGCUGCUCAUGAUUUGUAAAUGUUUCAAAGAGUCAGUGUGCACAGCUACUGGCCUGCAUGAUCCCCUUGAGGUUGAACUAACCUGGUUCGCUAGGUCAGUUUGUUAAAACGUGAAGUUUCCUUGCCUGAUCUGUCAUUCAGCCCAUCUAUUCACUAAUGCAAUAAAAAGGCGGAGGUGCCUCGUGUAAUUUCACAAGCGAGGGCACCUGCAAGGACAGUGCUGUACGCUCACUGGGAUGAUCAACACGUUUGAUGAAAAGAGACUUUCACAUCCAACUAGCUCAGCUUUAGACUCCGGCAGUUACAAGUACAGGUGGCCUCAAGUACGUCUGUGUGUAUCUGUACAUGUGCACACCCCAUGUAUAUGUAUAUAUAUUUAUCUAUCUGUACAAACACUACAUAUGUAUACACACUAUCUAUGUAAUAUAUAAUAUAUGUAUAAUGCAUAUAAAUUCUAACAAGUGUAUUUGUGUUAUCUUUAAAAUAGAAAAAAAUGUAUCUUGAAGUGGUAAAUGCAGAGAACUGGCUUUUAUUGUUGAUCUGUGGAUUUAAUGAUGUUUUAGGUGAAAGGAUGUUUUAAGUGUAUAAUUUCUUUUCUUAAUUUAAUAUAUUUAUGUAAAUGCAUGCCUGAAAUUUGGUUAGAUUGGCUGUGUUUUGUGUCUUAACAUGAUCAAAUGUAUUAAACUUUUAUCUUAUGACUUCA